GAAUACACGCAGCAAGACUGGAGGUAACAGAAUCCUUAGUGAACCUCUUAGAUAGUAGAGCCAUUCUUGUGACCUUUGGCAACGCGAUGGAGCUUGAGCAUUUUGACGAGCGGGAUAAGACGCGGCGGCACAGCCGUGGGGACAGGCUGAACGGGGUGACUAGUCCAGCACACAGCGCCCACUGCAGUCUCUACCACACCCGUACCCUCAAGACCCUCAGCUCGGAGAAGAAGGCAAAGAAGGUCCGUUUCUACCGCAACGGGGACCGUUACUUUAACGGGAUUGUGUACGCCAUCUCCGCGGACCGGUUCCGGUCUUUUGAUGCUCUGUUGGCGGACCUGACCCGCUCCCUCUCUGAUAAUGUGAACCUACCACAGGGUGUACGGACCAUCUACUCAGUGGAUGGAACCAAAAAGAUCACCAGCACUGAUCAACUGGUGGAGGGCGAGAGCUAUGUGUGCGGCUCCAUCGAGGUCUUCAAGAAGCUCGACUACACCAAGAACGUCAACCCCAACUGGUCUGUGAACGUCAAAGCUUCGUCUGGGGCGGCCGCCCGCGGGCCUCCAUCCCUGGGCAGCUCCAAGGCCGGACCAGACACCCGGGACCAAGCGGUGAAGGAUUUCAUCCGUCCCAAGCUGGUGACGGUGGUGCGGAGUGGGGUGAAGCCCAGGAAGGCUGUACGAAUCCUUCUCAAUAAGAAGACGGCCCAUUCAUACGAACAGGUCCUGACCGACAUCACGGAGGCCAUCAAACUGGACUCUGGAGUGGUGAAGAGGAUCUAUACUCUGGAGGGGAAACAGGUGACAUGUCUCCAGGACUUCUUCGGGGACGAGGACAUCUUUGUUGCGUGUGGACCGGAGAAAUACCGUUACCAAGACGACUUCCAGCUGGAGGAGAAUGAGUGUCGUGUGAUGAAGUCAAUGGCCUAUGGUAAAAUGUCCGCUCCUCUGACCAACCGUGGUUCUCCUCGCUCCGUGGGCCUGUCUAAACGCAGAAUAUCCCCCGCAGGCUCAGUGAACGGGAAUCCGACCAGUCAGCUGUCCACUCCUGGCUCGGGGAAAUCUCCAAGCCCCUCCCCUUCCGGCCCUGCUUCAGACCUCAGACCACGCAGGGAGUCUCAGGGUUCAUCUAUCUCUCUGGCCUCUACCAAAGUCUGUAGCUCCAUAGAAGAAGGGGAUGGAGCUGAGUCUAUAACAGAGGAUGAUAUCCCUGCGGUGCCUGCCUCCAUAUCGGAGCGCUACAGAGUGGGACGUAUGUUGGGAGACGGUAACUUUGCGGUGGUCCGGGAAUGUGUGGAACACUCCACAGGCAGAGAAUACGCCCUGAAAAUCAUUAACAAGGGCCGAUGGGGUGGACUCCUCCUCCUCCUCCUGCUCCUCCUCCUGCUCAUCCUCCUCUCUCCUCUCUCCACCUCCUUCCCUCUUCCUCCUCCUCCUCCUCCUCCCCACCAUCAGGAGCAUAUGAUCCAGAACGAGGUAGCCAUCCUGAGGAGGGUGAAACACCCCAACAUUGUCCUGCUGAUCGAGGAGAUGGACACCUACAGUGAGCUCUACCUGGUUAUGGAGCUGGUGAAGGGGGGCGAUCUGUUCGAUGCCAUCACGUCCACUAACAGAUACACAGAGAGGGACGCCAGCGGGAUGCUGUACAACCUGGCCAACGCCAUCAAAUACCUCCACAGCCUCAACAUCGUACACAGAGACAUCAAACCAGAAAACCUACUGGUGUAUGAGCAUGUUGAUGGCAGUAAGAGUCUGAAGUUGGGGGACUUUGGUCUGGCCACCGUAGUAGAUGGACCCCUCUACACCGUCUGUGGAACACCCACAUAUGUAGCACCAGAGAUCAUCGCAGAGACAGGGUAUGGCAUUAAGGUAGAUAUCUGGGCAGCAGGAGUUAUAAACUACAUCUUGCUGUGUGGCUUCCCUCCCUUCCGAGGGAGCAGUGAUGACCAGGAAGUGUUAUUUGACCAGAUCCUGAUGGGACAGCUGGAGUUCCCUCUCCCCUACUGGGACAAUGUGUCGGAGACUGCCAAGGAUCUGAUCAGGUCCAUGCUGGAGGUGGAGGUGGAUCAGAGAUACACAGCAGAACAGGUUCUGGACCACCCAUGGAUCCAUGAUGAUGGUGUGUCGGAGAAUGAACAGGAGCUGUCCGUAGCAGGGAAGAUAAAUAAACACUUCAACACCAGCCCUAUAUCUAACGCCACCACCGCCGGAGUGUCAGUCAUCACGUUGGACCACAGCUUCUCCAUGCAGCGCUCUGGGUCGUUGGACUUCCACCAGCACCCGGCCAUGUACUGGAUAAGGCCACCGCUCUUGAUAAGGAGGGGCAGGUUCUCAGACGAAGAUGCAACCAGGAUGUGAGCGCACGGCCGUUGCCUUUGCCAACAACAACAACAACAACAACAAUGGAAAAACCGGCUAGCUGCCUCCCCAGCCCGACCCUCGCCCCCCUCUUUCUGACCUUUAUCCUCGGCUCCGUCCCUAACCCUGACCCCUCCACCAGCCACACCCCGGCGUUGGACAAUGAGGAUAUCUCUCUUAGCUCAGCUGGGACUGUUCGUUCUCCUUUUAGAGGUGGGGAGAGGGGCAAUAUGUUCUCCUAACUCCCCUUUUUAGAGGUGGAGAGGGGGGCAAUAUGUUCUCCUAACUCCCCCUUUUAGAGGUAGGGAGGGGGGCAAUAUGUUCUCCUAACUCCCCCUUUUAGAGGUGGGGAGAGGGGCAAUAUGUUCUCUUAACUCCCCCUUUUAGAGGUAGGGAGGGGGGCAAUAUGUUCUCCUAACUCCCCCUUUCAGAGGUGGGGAGAGGGGAGAGAUGGGAGAAGAGGGGUGAUACAUUCUCCUAACUGCCCCUUUUUAAUAGUAGUAAGGGGGGAUGAGGGGAAGAAGAGGAGGAGGAGAGGAUUGGGGUUGUCUGCCCCCCACCUCUUAUUUUAGAAGUAGGGUGGGGGAGGAGCAGAGGAGAUGAGGAGGGAGGGAGGGAGGAAGGAAGGUCAGUGGUUUCUCUCUGCUCAGCUGGGACUGUUCCUUUAGAGGUAGGGGAGGAAAGUAGAGGAGAUAGGGGAGUGGUUCCCCCCCCCCCCAUCUCCCCCUUCUAGAACAGAACAGGGGAGGGGGGUGAAGAGGGACAGGGAACAGCAGAGAGAUAGAGAGACAGGGAGCAGGGGAGAUAUAGAGGGACUGGGGAAAGGGGAGAGAUAGAGAGACUGGGGACAGGGGAGAGAUAGAGAGACUGGGGACAGGGGAGAGAUAGAGGGACUGCGGACAGGGGAGAGAUAGAGAGACUGAGAACAGGGGAGAGAUAGAGAGACUGGGGACAGGGGAGAGAUAGAGAGACUGGGGACAGGGGAGAGAUAGAGAGACUGGGG